AUGAUGAGAUUCCCUAUUAUUAGUCGCCCUUGGCUGUUCCUGUUGGCAUCUGCCACUCGAUUGGAUACGUUCCAUGCAUUCCACAAUACUGUGUCUCGACCGGCACACCGCCACUCUUCUUCCCUGAGCAGCAGCACAACGGAUCAACCCGAUGUCUCGCGGUUUGUCACGGGCAGUCGCCCCGCCGGUACGGAACAGUAUGUGAUGCAGCAAACCAUGGUUCGUGUCAAGGAUCCCAUCAAGAGUUUGGAAUUUUAUUGCGACAUUUUGGGCUUUCGAUUGGUCAUGUUUCGCGAGUUUCCACAAUGGGAAUUCAACGUGUACUUUGUGGCGCCCGUGGAUGCCUCUGACAUUCCUUCGUCAAAAGAAGAGCAAUGGAAAUUCUGCAUGAACACUCCCGGUUGUAUUGAAUUGACGUGGAAUUACGGCAGUGAAACGCAAGACGGAUUGGUAUACAACACUGGAAAUGCCGAUUCCACCGGAACUACCGAUGGACAGAACGUCAAGGGCGGUUUUGGACACUUGGGAAUCACCGUACCGGAUGUCUACGAAGCAUGUGCGAGAUUUGCCGAGCUGGGUUGUGAAUUCACCAAAACGCCCAAUAGUGGUGGGAUGAAAGGAUUGGCAUUUGUCAAGGAUCCGGACGGGUAUCUGGUAGAAGUCUUGCCGCGAGGAGAAAUGAUUCAGAAACCCAUCGAUCAUGCCGGUGUGGCCGUGGAUGGUGGUGAAGGAUACAAAGAUAAUUCCAAGUAA